UGGAGGAUUAUUCGAGGUGUAUGGAGUUAUGCUUGCGGUGACGCCAAUCUUAAUUCGAAUAAACAAAUGCGUUCGUAAAUAUUACACAUACUAGUAUGUAGUGUGGAAGGAAAUGAUUUGGUGUAUUUUCAGUGACGAAUGACAUAAAUGAAACUGACAUAUGCACGUUGUAGACUCCUGUUCUCAGCAACAGCCAGAGACAUAUCAGACCCCUGUUUCAUGCAUUUCACAAUAACUCCUGUGUGCAGUCUGCAGUGAAUCCCAGUAUACAUCUAAAGUGAAGGAGAUCAGAACAGUGAGAGUUUUGCGUGACAUAUCUGGGCAGGAAUUGGUCUUUCUCAAAAGCAAAGGCUUGAAAUACCUCUCCAUACAUAUUUUGCUUGCAGUGAGCCAUCUGAUUGUAAGCAGAAUGUGGGAAAAUGUUCUUCUAAGUUAGAUACAUGUGUUAGAACUGUGAAGCUGUAUCACUGGGCUUCUUGUAGGCCACAAUCUUACAGAACCCUAUGCUUAAAAGAUUCUGGCAGUUUUUCACAACGAGAGUACCAAAAAUUGUAUUGCAGAGAAUUUAAAGAAUAUAUCCUGCUCUGAUGGAGAGCACGCAGAACACUAUUUUUAUAAAAGUAGAAAACAAUGUGGAUGAUCUGAGUGAAGAAGGUUCCAUUGGUGAGAGAAGUGAUGAGGAUUACAUAGCAUCAUCGCCUUGCGUAAUAAAGGCUGAGCCUGAGAACUGUGUUGAUUCUUCGGAAGUUGUACCAGGUUCAUACUGUGAGACAUACCUCACAUCCUGUCAUGAUGAAAAUGAGGUUGUCAGCAUAAAAGUUGAAGGCGAAACCGAGGUGCAGGAAGAGAAGGAUCCUUUGUUGAUAACAGUUCCAGCAGAGAGUUCCUCGAUUGAAUAUAAACUUGAUGAGGAAUGUUCAUAUUCCAGUGAUGUGUCUGAUAAAUCAUUCAGUACUCAAAAUAAGCGGAGUACACAACAUGUACAUAGUGGGGAGCAUCCAUAUUCCUAUGACUUAUGUAAUACAUCAUUAAGGAUUAAGAGUAACCUUGAGAGACAUCAGCUCAUGCAUAAUAGGCAACGUAGGUAUUCCUGCAACGUGUGUAACAAAUCAUUUGGUAAUCAGAGUUACCUUAAGAUACAUCAACGCAUACAUAGUGGGGAGCGACCAUAUUCCUGUGGUGUGUGUAAUAAGUCUUUCAGUAAUAAAAGUGACCUAAAGAGACAUAACCGUGUUCAUAGUGGGGAACGUCCAUAUUCCUGCGAUGUGUGUAAUAAGUCUUUUAGUAAUAGGAGUGAUUUGAAGAGACAUGAACUUCUGCAUGGCUCAGACCGUCCAUAUUCCUGUGACAUGUGUAAGAAGUCAUUCAGUAAUAAGAGUGGACUGAAGAGACAUCAACGCAUACAUAGUGGGCAGCGUCCAUUUUCAUGUGAUGUGUGUAAAAAGUCAUUCAGUGAUAAGGGUAAUUUGAAAAUUCACUUGCGUGUACACAGUGGGGAGCGGCCUUAUUCCUGUGGUGUAUGUAGUAAGUCUUUCAAUAAUCAGAGUUACCUGAAGAUACAUCAACGCAUACAUAGUGGGGAGCAUCCAUAUUCAUGUAAUAUGUGUAGCAAGUCAUUCAGUAAUAAGAAUAGUCUUAAGAUCCAUCAGCGUGUACAUAAUGUGGAGCAACCAUAUUCCUGUGACGUUUGAAAUAAGUAAUACAGUAGCAGAGCAAUUUUGAAAACAGAUAAAUGUGUACAUGGUGCAGAAUACCCAUAUUCCUGUAAUAUGCAUAAUAAAUCAUUAGGUAAGAAGUGAUCUGAAGAGAUACAAACAAAUGCAUGCAUAAUGGGGGCAUCUAUAUUCCUAUGAUGCAUGUCAUUCAUCAUUUGGAGUAAUAAGAAGUCAUCAGUGUAUAUACUGCAUAGUGAGUAAUACCCAUAUUCCUAGAAUAUGUGGAAUAAAUGUUUCCAUUGUGUAA